ACAAGUUGAAGACAGAAGGGGUCAGUAUGAAGUCAGGGGAUGUCCAGCGGGCUGUGAUCUGCUCCGAGGCCGUGUAUCUGUCCGACCUUCCCGACACCGACGCCAUUCGACAGUUUUUUUAAGGAAGAGCGGGACCUGCACAAUUUUGAGCGGGUCAGCGUCAGCCGGUAUGGUCCUGUACGGUACCUCCUGGCCGAAACUCGAGACAAAGAAGAGGUUUUCGUCGCAUUCAAAGGUACGUCAGACUUCAAUGACGUCAUGGCCGACUUGAAGCUAUGGCCAGAGGCAGCGGGUCAAAGUGGAGACAAUCACUGCUCCGGGGUUAUCGGGAAAUACCAUGCGGGCUUCAUGGACCUGGCCUUUCGCGUUCCCGCUCACCGCAUCCUGAAGAAAUACAGCAAAAGCCGCAUUGUCGUCUGCGGACACAGCCUAGGGGGCGCUGUUGCACACAUCGUGGCCAUAAACAUGAUGAUGCACCUGCGCUCCAACAAUCAACCAACCGACAACGUCAAGUCGAUCGCGUUCGGCACCCCGUACUUCGGAAAUGACGUUGCCCAGCAGUUUGUAGAGGAAUACAACCUCUCUCCUCAUCUGCUGACGAUCAUCAACGAAAAAGACCCCGUGCCGUACAUACUCCGCCUAGCGGAAACGAUUCAAUGUGCAGGAAAAACAGUCAUGAAAAAGUUUGAGCGUUCGUCACCCGGCGUUAAGGUUAUUUUGGGUCUCCUCACCGAAUUCCUUAUAGAGGGUGCGAAAGACGCGCUCCGUCGUCUGCUAGAGGAGCUUGGCAAAUGCAAAGGUAUGCCUAAAGACUUGGCCGACUUGGACCUAGAUUCCAUUUACGUGCCAAUAGGAUGGUAUCUACACAUCAGCUGCAGUACGACGAAGGCCGGUGGGGGCGGUCAUUGGAAUCGUAGCCUCCUGGACCAUAUCGGAGCUGUCCAGUACGCAAGACCAGACAUCCGAGAUUGGAAAGCUGAGGAUUUCCAGUGCCACAGGAUGUCCAACUACCGCACGACUUUCUUCCAAAUCGCGAGAGGGACGACAUACCAAUCUGAUGACGAAAACAGCCGGUCCAGUGACGUCACCAUGACGGACCCAAUUUUUCCCGCACGCAUCAAGAAGCUUAAAGUACAUGUACUAACUGUGAAAGAUGCUACGGAUGACUCCAGAAGUACAAUUGCAAAGAAAUGCCAAAUCGAAAUCAAAGGUGACAACUUGGACUUUCUUGAAAGGGAUGUGCCCAUUUCAGGACUUCCUGUGCCAAAUGGAAAGAUUGCCGUGCUUUACAUUUCCCGUAAGUUGGUGGCGUUACAGUGUGACAUCAAAACUGACCGUCUCUCUGCCGCGGAGGCUACUAUCAGGACACACUUUGAAGAAAAGAAGGCCCCCAAAAUUAACUUAAAAGACAUCAAGGAAGUACCCAAACUGCCAUAUAAGGAGGGACUUCUACGUGAGGUGGUGAAAGGCGUGGAUGAAUUAGUGGGUGGAAGUUUUUUUGGGGCAGUGGCACGCGGGGCAGCGUCAAGAGGGUUGUCAGGAGCGUUGUCAGGAGCGUGGAACUGGGGGGUCAAGAGAAUCAGGGGUUCGUAUGGUAACACGGAAAAUGCUUAG